AGGAAACCGCAGAGAAGACCCCCGCCGUCGCAAGGGUUUGGAGCAGCGAGAGCUUUUUCUCCAUCGCGAUUGGGUCUCUAAACCCUUCCCGCCCUCAACCCUUAAUAGGACUUUCAAUCAGGAUCCGAUAACCCGAAUCCGAUAACCCCCACCGUCGCAAGGGUUUAGAGUCUGACUUAUAAAUUAUCGGGUCGGAUUCAAAUCGGAUUCGGGUUCGGGUUUCACGAGAAAGUCCGCAUUGCCCUCAAAAGGCUCCGAUGCCGCCGUCCCCAUCCUCCAAUGCUCUCCGCCGUGCGCCGCCUCUCGCGCCACCGGUUCUCUGAGCUCCAUCCUUGCCGCCCCAUCUCCGCCGCCGCCGACACCGCCUCCGGCAGUGCCUUCGAUCCUAUCCUCCAGUUCCUCCCUCCUCUCCCCCUGCCAUCUCGAACACUCCCGCUUUCCCUCCGCCGCGCGCUCCUCCUCUCACUCGCUCGCGCCCUCAAGAGCGAUCCCAUCUCCCACCCCUCCCUUGUCUCCUUCUCCUUCUCCUCCGCUCUCCUUCUCUCCUCCUCCUCCCCUUCCUCCCAAAUUCUCGCCCAGCACCUCCUCUCCUCCCUCCUCCUCCUCCAUUCCCCUUCUCAUUCCCUCCACGAAGAGCUCCUCCAAUGGGCCCGCCAAGAAUCUCACUACGCCGCUCUCCAUCUAACCCUCCGAGCCUUCCUCGGCGCCAGCAUGCCCUCCGCCGCUCUCUCCGCGCUCCAUCUCAUCCGCCUGUCCAACAAAACUCCGCCGCUCUCCGCCCUCUCCAUCCUGCUGCGCCUUCUCUUCAAAAAAGGUGACACCUUUGAUGCUUGGAAUGUUUUCAAGGAAAUGCUUGCAAGAGGCCCCCGACCGGGCGUUCGUACAUUCAACAUCAUGAUUCUUGGCUCUUGCUGGAGAGGCAAUUUGAGGGUCGGGAUGGCGCUUUUGGAGGUCAUGCGGAAGUUCUCUUGUGAGCCUGAUACCUGUAGCUAUAACAUCUUGAUGAAGGCUCAUUGCUUGCUCGGAAGAUACAGUGAUGCACGUAAGGUGUUUGAGAAAAUGUCCAAAUGGGGUUGUAUGCCGAGCAUUGUUGCUUAUAAUAUAUUGAUCGAUUCCUUAUGCAAGGAAGGGAGGAUGGAGGAUGCGAGAAUAUGUUUUGAUGAAAUGGAGAAAACAGGUUUCAAAUCGAAUACGGUUACUUAUAAUGUGCUCAUUAGUGGGUAUGCUAAAUCAGGGCAGCUAGAGAAGGCAAAUGUGGUUUAUGAGGAGAUGAGAAAGAAGGGAUUAGCACCUGAUUGUUACACUGUCAACAUUCUUCUUGCAGGGCAUUGCAAGUUUGAGAGAGAUGUGAAUUAUGACCGGCUGUUGAAUGAUGUCUUGAGGCCUGACCUGUUCAGGGAUGACACAGUGUUGGAUGUUUUGAUAGCAAGAUGUUGCUGGGAUGGCCGGUUUCAUGAGGCUAGGGAUCUUUUGAAGCAGCUGAUCGAUAAGGGUGUCAUGAUCAGAGUAGCUGCAUUUAACUCUGUUAUCACAGGUUAUUGCAAGGAGGGAUUGGAUGAAGAUGCUUUUGACUUGUUUCGAGCUAUGGUAGAUGCUGGGUUGUCACCUUCAGCCACCACUUGCAAUUCUUUGCUCAUGGGCUUGUGCAAGAAAGGGAGACUGAGUGAUGCAAGCAAACUGAUUGAAAAGAUGGUAAGCAAUGGGUUGUGUAUGAAUAUAUCUGCUUUUACAAUCUUUUUGGAUGCAUGCUUUAGAGUAGGCGAUCUAGAUAGUGCUAAGAAGUGUUGGAAUGACAUGAAGAUGCAAGGGAUUCACCCUGAUGUCAUUGCCUUCUCAGCCUAUGUUAAUGGUCUAUGUAGAGCUAAUUAUAUAGAAGAGGCACACGAGGCUUUCCUUCAGAUGUCCAAGAGAGGAUUGGUUCCCAAUAACUUUGCUUACAAUUCACUGAUAUCUGGAUAUUCUAGAGUUGGAAAUGUUGAUGAUGCUUUGAAAUUGGAAAGUAAGAUGAAAGAAAACAGACUUGUUCCUGAUAUCUUCACCACAAACAUACUUAUUAACGGACACUGCAAACAAGGAAGUUUGAAGCGGGCAAAUAACAUGCUUAUGCAACUUUAUGACCGUGGAUUAACCCCUGAUGUUGUUACUUACAACACAAUAAUUGGGGCUUAUUGUAAAGCUUCUGAUAUGGCAAAUGCGGAGAGAUUUGUUAGUAAGAUGCUUGCAGAAGGGAUUGAACCCGAUAUAUUCACAUAUAACAUUUUGAUCCAUGGUCUUUGCAGUAACUAUAUGAUGAACAGAGCUAUGGAGAUGGUAGAUGGGCUUCUGUCAAUGGGAUUUGCACCUAAUACAGUUACUUACAACACCAUGAUGAAUGGUACUUGCAAUGAUGUUCUUGAUCGCGCUAUGAUCCUGACUGGGAAGUUACUUAAAAUGAUCUUCCUUACAAAUGUUGUUACCAUUAAUCUGCUGCUCUCUCAUUUCUGCAAGCAACACAUGUAUAAGAAGGCAUUGAUAUGGGGCGAGAAACUUAGUCAGCUACCCUUCAACUUCGAUGAUGCCACAUGGAAUAUACUUAAACAAGCUUAUGAUAACCCACAAGAAGAUGCAGUGAGUUCUAAGACGGAACACAGCAGGGAGCCUGUUUCUGGAAUUUUCUCAUGUAUAGCACCUAUGAAUAUCUACUCAGGAAUAAGCCUGCUGAACAUAAACAAUUGAUGAUUCCAGAUAUAAUUGAUCAUGGGAUCUCUUUGUCAUCCAAGAUGAUGGAUGUGAGGUAGUUAUGUGGGAGAUGUCAGUGCUUUGACCGUUGAGGCUCUUGGGAUCAAUGUCAACUUUCAUAUAUGCCGAGCUCUUCGUGGCAAAGUAAUUUAUUGACGUUGGAGCUCUUCAUGGCUAAGUAAUUUAAAGUAAUUUAUUGGCGUUGGAGGAUGGGUGAAGGACCUGCUUUGGUGUCAGUUCUUGUGCUCAUCAGAGUACUGCAGUCAAUGGAUUAGUUGCUGCACCGCUGAGGAGGACUCCAAAUUACUGAUGGAAUUGACAAUUCUUCUUGUCAAUUGACAAUAUUUAAGAUCGGUGAUGAUAGAAAUACUGUAGCAUUUGUUCAUUAUGAAAUGAUAGAGAAUACUUUCUGGCUUUGAUCUGUUUGGGUUGUUGGUCAUGAGAUGAUAGCUGAAAAAGUUUUGGCCUAUAACUCUGUUAGAAGACCAAUAGAUCCAAGAUUCUGCAUUCA